UUUACUCCUACAUUUUCUUCUUUCAGUGUUGUGAAUUACUUGUGAUCAACUUUUGAUAUAUUUUUCUUUUUUCUAGCUUCUCGGUUAGGAGGUGGUGUAGUACGCGCUGGUCUGAACUCCAACCACCUGCUCAACUCGAUGAUAGGACAAGUUGACGGUAUUCAAGCUAUCGGCGGAGCGGUUCUGGAGUUCACUCCUGAGCUGUACAUCACUGCGCGAUAUGUCAGCGUGGAUAUCAUAGGAAGCAGCUAUCAGACUAUAGUCCAAUUGACGGAAGUCAUGGUGGAAGAAGUCACCACGGCCACAACGAAGCAGGCCACACGAAAAGCUUUGUUGCUAACUGGUCGCCCUAGCAGUCAGAGUUCAACCUUUACUGACAGCGGUGACAUGAGGCUUGCUUCCAGAGCUGUGGAUGGACACCUUCAGUAUGUCAACCCACACUGUAGCCAAACAAAUGUACAGGAGAGUCCAUGGUGGAUGAUAAAUCUGAUUGCUGUUCACUGCAUUAGAAAAGUUGCAAUCAGAAAUAUCGAUGACCUUCACGGUAAGCUCCUAGGCAGUAUUAUAUAA